GAUUUCCACAAUGAAAGAUCGUUAGGAAAAGACGAGGUUGUCCUUUAGCGACGAGGGCAUGUUAGUAAAUAGGCAAGUAUUGAUCUCUCUCUCUCUCUCUCUCUCUCUCUCUCUCUCUCUCGUAAUUCGACACUCAACUUUCGUCUCCCUGCCUUAAGAUCUCCUUCUCAAUCAAUAUAUCGGGUUGCCUGUUUCUUCUACAAGCUCUGGAAUAUGCUGCCUCACCAUCAGAUCAAAGAGCAACACAAUGCCUUGGUCAUGAAUAAAAAGAUCAUGUCCAUCCUCGCCGAAAGAGACGCUGCUGUUCACGAACGAAACCAAGCCGUCUCCGCCAAAAUGGAAGCCCUCGCAGCUCGAGACCAAGCCCUUCAGCAACGGGACAAAGCCCUGGCCGAAAGAGAUAAAGCUUUGAUUGAGAGGGACAAUGCUUUUGCUGCCCUUCAACACCAUGAAAACAGUCUCAACUUUGCUUUGUCCGGUGGGAAGCGCUGUCAAGGAGGGGAUGAUGAUGAUGUUUUGUUCACUAUUGAUGAUCUCUGCCCUACUACAUCAACUAACACGACCAAGGCUAUCAAAAGGAAAAAAGAUAACAAACCAAAAGGAAAGAAAGUGGGUGAAGAUCUGAACCUUCUAGUUGCUGCUCCUGGAAAGAAAUGUAAAAAAGAUUGGGACACUAACCAUUUCGGUUUAAACUUGGUCACCUUCGACGAAAAGACUAUGCCCGUGCCGGUUUGCACAUGCACAGGCUCUGCGCAUCAGUGUUACAAAUGGGGUAAUGGAGGUUGGCAAUCGUCUUGCUGCACGACCAACUUGUCGCAGUAUCCAUUACCGCAGAUGCCAAACAAGAGGCAUUCUCGGGUGGGCGGUAGGAAAAUGAGCGGAAACGUUUUCUCCAGAUUACUAAGCCAUUUAGCAGCAGAAGGAUGUGAUCUCUCGUCUCAUGUUGACCUAAAAGACUAUUGGGCUAGGCACGGCACCAACCGCUACAUCACUAUCAAGUAACUAGCCUCAAGUGUCUUCAGCUCUUAAUUCUUAAGUUUAGGUGUUUUGUCUAUGGUAAAACCAAAUAUGUUAAAUAUGUUUUUAUUUGAAAAACAAAUCUCAACUGUUUUCAGAUUACAAAAUCUUAAUUUUCAUUUUCCAGUUGGUGGAUUAUAUUA